AUGUAUUACUUAUUAUUCUUAAUUGGCGUUGUCUUUUCAAGUAUUAAUCCAGCUGAUUAUAUUUCAUAAUCUGAUCGUCCUUAAAUCGCCGCUCAUCUUAGAAUUUGUUCAGUCUUCCAGUUAUGAUGAUAUCUAACUUUAAUAGAAAAUAAGGCUUACUCAUUUGAAGGUGAAAUGUUUUAAGGAAUAGACUUCAUUGAAUUAAAUGUUGUUCUAUCUCAAGACUUGCAUUGUAAACAUUAGACAGCUCAUAAAUUAUGUAAUAAUAGUAGCAAAUGAUACAAUAAUGAGUGCUGUUUCUAUAUUUAAUAAUUGACAGAGUAUUAAU